UCCCGUUCCAAUCCUCCAAAUCUGAGAGUUGGCGCGGUGGCUUCUACUGCUACAAUGCCGCCUAGGUGACUGUUGGUCUAGCUCGCUCUGUUGCUGAAGGCCCCGUUUGAUUUCCUCGAAUGGCGUGUCGGGAGGGAAUGCAGCGAUAUAUCCUGCAAUUGAGCAGGCUGCGGCUGAGAGAAGGCAAAUGGAUGGAUGCAAGGCGGACGUUACAUUCUUCCCAAGUUAACUCCCCAGCAAAUGGCACCCCUCCCUUCCGGCAACCCCCUGUCUCCCGCGCCGAAGAGGCCGUGAUACCGCCACCAAAGUCCCAAGGCGGGGGUCCUUUCCUUCUCCUUUCUGCAGCAGUCUGCGUAGCGGCUGGCGCAGGCUUGUACUACACCUUUUACGUGGAUCCUGCCUCUGGUCACCAAGCAUUGGCCCCCGCGGACCCUCCGACGUCUCCGGUCUCGCUCCUGGAACCUGCGAAGCUAAGCGCACAAGAUGAGAUGAUUCUGAAGAGAGACAUGUUGCGGGCGGAGCUAGAGCACCUGAGGACACAGAAGCGCACCAAGUAUGUAGAUGCGAAGAAGCGGGAGAUCAAGGACGAGCUCAAGGAUCUGGACGGUAGGAUAAGGAAGGCGAGCGCUUGACUCGUCUGUGGAGUCUGUGUACAUAGGUUACCAUCAGGUAUGAGGUAGUCCCCGUGCGAUCAAGUGUAUGCAAUCCAGAGUUUCGAGUCACAUGAGAAUUAGAAGCAGUCCUCAAUGUCCAAGCGAAGCUUUGAAGGCUCGUAACGGCACUCUGUAUCGUUUUCCCAAGUUGGCACAUGCAACACUAUCAGUGGCAGGCUUUCUAAGCUGGUGCAGAAGCCCCUAGCGGCUUCUGAAACCCCGAAC